AUGCCCACCAUUACUGCCGAUGCCAUAGAUUUUGAAGGACCAUUUUCUACCAAGCUCAGCAUGAGCAAAGUGCAUCAUGCUGCUGAUCUGACCAUGAGUCCCGAGGGACGUUUUCCCUUCCAACCCUGCAUUAACGGGGACCUCAAGCCACCUGGAGCGUGUGCCAUGUGGAUAAUGAAAUCCUCGGAACGCUGCCCUCGACCACCGAUUGCUCCGCUACUCCAACAUCUGGAGCCCAAAAAAGAGCCCGCUUUCCGUAACGGCUGGGCCUACACAAGCUUUUAUCGGGAGCUCUCCCUCAGCGAGAGAAGCAUCGAAGCUGGACUCAUGCAAGUUGUCGGAGACCUCUGUCCAGUUCCCUGUGUCGCAUGCCAACUCAAGCUUGGCCCAUUCUCUCACUGCAUUUGCGUCGAAAAAGUCGAUUGUUGCGCAAACUGCUGGUCCAUAGAUCUGGAAGAGCUUUCCUUCGACGCACAGGAGGCAUCUAUCAUCGCCUUCUGCAGUGAAACGUUCCGUCCAUCUUCUCUUCUUGACCACUCUUUCGUCCCAAGCCAGCAUCUCCCAGCCAGACCACCAUCGGAAUACGAAUGCAUGCAGAUUAGCAUGGGAGGAGCGAACCAUGUCAAUGAAUCCCACAACAUGUAUCCAAUGUACCAGUACCUGACUCAGACAUCGUUGGCCCUUUCAACUGGCGCGGAGAGGAUCCGGGAUGAGUUGCAAGACUACCACUGA